AAAAGCCCUCCAUGGCUGCCGGCUCCGCAGCUGCUGUCACCUCGGCGCCUGUCCCGUCGUGCUGACAACGCCUUGUGGAGGGGACAUGCCGGGUGUCCCCGCUCUCUGUGUGGUGCCCCCCCCCCCCAAAAAAAAAAAAAAAACGGGAAUUUGGGAUGCCCAAGGAAGCUGGGCACUGGGUUUGGGAUUGUGGGCACAGAGCCGCCGGCUUUUGGGGUGAGACAGUGGAUGUCGGAUAGAAUAGGCAAAGGAGACCGGAAGGGCCUGUCCCAAUCAUCCCGAGCAUUUGGGGCUGGAAUUCUCCCUUCUACAGGGAAUGUGGUGGGUGGUUACAUUCCUGGUGGGAUCCCCCCAGGAAGAUCUUUAUCCCAGAAUCACUGAAACUAGAAAUACCUUUUUCUGUAAGAGCCAAAGGAUUCUUUAGGAAAAGGUGGCAGUCAGGAGAGGGAAAAUCAAGCCCUUUGUGUGGUGCUCCCUCCUGGGGGUUUGGGUGACAGCAGGAUUUGGGCAGAGCCAAAUCUAGCAGAACCUUCUGCUCCCCUUUUCCUGAAUUAUUGGGAGCAAUUCUGAGCUAGCCCAGUCCAAGGAGAGCUGGGAGCAGCCAGCUCAGAGCCAGAGGGUGAUAAGCUGUUUUGGGAUGAUGGAUGAGAUCCAUCAGCGCUCCAGCUGCCUCCCAGAUUUCUGUACCUCCUCAAGAAAUUCAAUAUUAAAAUGUUAUGUAUAGGUCUUCUGUCAUUUCCCUCUUUUUUCCUUAGUAUCUUUUUUUGUCCAGGAAAGAGCCACAUAAGAGUCAGGCUCAGAGCUGGGCAGGCUGCCAGAAUCCUGGCUAGUUUUCCUGUAAUUUCUGGAAAGGUCUGGAUUUCAUAUCCAUAUUAUUCCCUGCGUAACCACAGACCACACAUGCCCAGCUGAGGUCCAAAGAGGUCACGGAUUAUGGGAAUUCUGUCAAAAUCCAACCCAGCUGGUUGAAAUAUACCUUUGGUUCAUUGGGCAACAGGUUUGUACUGGGACAGGAGAGCAAUGAGCAAACAUUCCAGCUGUUCCAGGACUUGGGGAAGAGGCUGUGCUGAGGAUGAGAAUGAUCAAAACAAGCUGAUAUUUAACCCGUAGGGGGAGGUACCCCACAGAGAGCUCCAAAUGGACAUUUUGGGAUGUGUGGGACAUGCUUUAGGAAGACGAGACCAUCAGCCUCUGGGCUCUUGUGUCUCACCCAGCCCAACCAAAAGGUCCAUGACAAUGUCAAUAAUAACAAUUAACAACAACAAUAAUUAUAAAUAUAAGAACAAUCAAUAACACAUUAAUAAUAACAGAUAUAUGCAGCACAUCUGCCUGUCCCAGUCCCUUGCAAUGGGACUUCCCAAAUUAUGAAGGGAUUUAGGUCUCCUGUAUUCCCAAAUAGUAACAGCCAGUAGAAAAACAGAUUUUCCCCCAAAAAAAUGUUGGUAAUUCUGCUUCAGGGGAAUGUUUGGUCAGACUGUGGGGUGGGAGUGGGAACACUGCAGGGCCCACUGUUCCCCACCUGCCUGGCUCUUGCUCCGUCAUCUCCCAGUCCUCAUCUCCCUGCUGUUAUUUCCUGGUCCUUUAUCUCCCUGCUAUUAAUUUCCGUUUUCUUCAUCUCCCUUAUCCACCAUCUCCUUGUUCAUUGCCUCCCUGCUCAUCAUCUCCUGUCCUACAUCUCCCUGUCCUCCACGUCUCUGCAUCUCAUCUCCUGCUCCAUCCUUUCCCUGCUCAUCAUAUCCUGUCCUUUUUCUCCCAGUCCAUCGUCUCCUGCUCCAUCUCCUCCUGUCCCCUCCUGCUCCAUCACUUUCCAGCCCUUCACCUCCUUCACAUCCCUUGUUGGGACAGCAGCGCCAACAUCCCGAGGGAUCCGUCGGAGCCCCCCGGGAGCCCUCCGACCCCUCUUUGGGAGCCUUUCCCCCCCCGCACUGCCCGGCGGUGGUGGCGGGGCGGGACCGGGGGCGGCCCCGGGCGCGAUCCCCCAGGAGCGGCGGCGGGAGCGGCGGAGCGGAGAUGCCGUACCUGCUCAUUAGCACCCAAAUACGCCUGGAGGCUGGGCCCACCAUGGUGGGUGACGAGCACUCGGAUCCCCACCUGAUGAGUAUCCUGGGGGCCACAAAAAGGAGCACGCUGGGGAACAACUUCUCUGAAUACUACGUGAACGAUGCUCCGCGCCUGGUCCUGGACAAGCUGGAGAGCCUCGGCUACCGCGUGGUCAGCAUGACUGGUGUGGGCCAGACCCUUGUCUGGUGCCUCCACAGGGAAUAGCCAGGGAGAAUCCUGCCUUCCACCUGGACAACAUCCUGCUGGAAAUCACCUUGUAGGACUGGCAGCAAAUAUUUCCCCCUUAAUUCCUUCCUGUCCCAGACUCCAGGUGCUCGGGCAAGGGGAGGAAUGACACAAAGGCAGAGCUCGACCCAGUGGAAUUUUGCCAUCCCUCUUCCAUUUCCCAAGAGCAGGGGGAGGAAGGUAUGCCCAGAAUCAGGCAGAGGGAACAGAUGGCUCCAACUCUGUGUUCAGCAGGAUGGCAGUCUGGCAAAUUCCAGCUUUUUACAUUUUAAUCAUGCAUUCAGCAUGCCCUGGAGGAAGCUCAGUAACAGCAGCCCUGUUUGCCUCCUCCUCGGGUUGCCCUGGAAAGCUCUGUGCCUUCUCCUGGGCCAGGGGGUUAGGGAGGGACACCAAGCAUGGACGCCACCCCAUCUUAUCCCUGAAGUCCAAGGGGGAACCACUAAAACUAUUCCCAGUUCUCCAAGAAUCCCUUCUCUCAGCAGCACCACCAAACUUCCAGCUGCGAGACUGCCAUCCAAGCCUAACGCGGGACUCCCAAAGUAACAAAGAGAGGUUGUGUGACUAUUCCAGAUGCAGGCUCUAACCCUAACACUGCUGGAAUGUUUGAGACUGUGCACAGAUCCUGCUGUGGGGGGUAACACCAAUAAAACAGUGCUCCAAAGAGA